AUGGCCUGUCAGGCAUUUGGUAGUGACUCCUUCGCCUCACUGACGGGAGAUUCACCCCUGCCUAUCAUUAUGCACCAUGGCUCUACCACUGACUGCCUGCCAACCACGUCCCAUGCUCAAAGCAUGGUCGCUGCAGUGUCAUCUGGGCUGUCCCUGGGUCAGCCCUCCAAGCGUUCCCACAUGCACCUCCCGACUUCCUCCCUGGGCAAUGCUCUCAGCAACACCCCCGCAAGCUUACAUUAUCCAGUCACCCCCUGUCACUACACAAACCAGCAGGCCACCUAUGGCAUGAUGGCAGCACAGGAGAUGCUGUCUGCCAGUAUUUCUCAGACUCGUAUCUUGCAGACCUGUGGUGUCCCUCACCCUAACAUGGUGAGCGGUGCAAACGCAUUGCAAGGAUCUCUUACUUCUUGCUUGUACAAGUUUCCGGAUCAUGGCCUAAGUAGCGGCUCUUGUGCAUUAAGCCACGGUUUCUCUUCACUGCCCUCGGCCCUUCUUUCAACUGAUGAGGCCCCAGGGGGCCCAAGCGGAGAGAUAAAAAGUGACGGCCAAAGGAAGAGUAUGCGGGACCCAGAGGACGCACCUGCCAUGGAUUCACCGCAGAUACGAGAGUUGGAGAUGUUUGCAAAUGACUUCAAAAUACGGAGGAUCAAACUCGGGUACACUCAGACUAAUGUAGGGGAGGCGCUCGCUGCCGUGCAUGGUUCAGAGUUCAGCCAGACCACGAUCUGCCGUUUUGAAAAUUUGCAGCUGAGCUUUAAGAACGCCUGCAAACUCAAGGCCAUUCUGGCUAAAUGGCUUGAUGAAGCUGAGCUGGCGGGUGCUUUGUACAAUGACAAAAUAGGAAUGAAUGAACGGAAGAGAAAAAGGAGAACAACUAUCAGCCUUGGAGCUAAGGAGGCCCUUGAGCGGAGCUUUGUGGAGAAAAGUAAGCCAUCCUCUCAGGAAAUAGCCCGGAUAGCCAAAGGCCUCCAUCUGGAGAAGGAAGUGGUCAGAGUUUGGUUCUGCAACCGCCGCCAAAGGGAAAAACGUGUUAAAACCAGCCUUAACCUCAGCUCGUGUUUGACCAAAAUCAGUCCGAACUGCAUAGCACAGAUGAGUAAAACGCAAAGAGCAAUGACAUAA